UGUACUUAAUGUAAGUCGCUCUGGAUAAGAGCGUCUGCUAAAUGACUAAAUGUAAAUGUAAUGUAAAUGAAAGGAGCUGUUCGAAAUUGUCAAUGUCAAAAAGGAUUCCUGGCAAAUGCGCAGUUUCUAUGGUGUCUUUUUGUAUUACUGUAUUAAUAUGAUGUGAGGUCCAACAGGUAGUCGUAAUGGCUACUUUUUACUUAAGUAAAUGUCAGAGCCCACACAACCACAUAUGGUAAAUGAAUAGUAAGUUAAAGCAACUGUCUAUUUCUUGUAUCUGUGUAUGAAAAUUGUUAGAUAUGUUUAAGUAAAAAGUAGCCAUUACUACACCUGUUUUAGUGUCAUGCAGGUAACUGGACCUCACAUUAUAUUAAUACUUUAAUACUAAAUACACUAUAGACACUCAGCACAUUUGGCAGGAGUCCUAUUAGACUGUGACCAUUUUUAACAUCUCCCUCAUAUAUGACCAUGGGGGAUCCGGAAUGUCUCUCUUCUCAGUCCUGUAGACAUCACUAACUCCUUCUGUCUCAUCCAUAACAUACUUCAAAAAUAUAUAUUAUUCUUCCUUUUGAGACUUGUAUUCCACACACACAGUAAAAGGAGAUGAGGAGGAGAGGAAAGAGGAGAACAGAGAAGCCUAUAGUUAAUGAUUUAUUGAUACCAAAAAACCAUACAACGAACAUGUCGGCCUUGCAGUAAAAACUGAAUCGCCCCGAAAUGUACAAUCAAAAUAUACAAUACACUAUAACUAGUGUGUUAAAAACACAUUACAUUUUGUCGACGUGGAGAGAAUUCUACAAUUAAAAGUUUGUACUUGACACAGUUAAAAACAAUAUUAUUGUCGUUCACUACUACCAGCUUAGUUAUGAAGUCCGACAAGUAGUUUGGCCAGUGCAGGUAUGGCACUUGUGGUGUAGCGUUUAGUUCUCCUUGCUAGAGAGUACUGCAGUGAGUUCCUCAACUGUCUGCCUUGCUGUUCUGCCCGGGUCAGAGGCAGCCAGGAACAGAAGUGUGGCGAUUGUCUUUGUUUGCAAAGUUCAAGCAGAGGUCGUGUCUGCGGUUAGAGAGUGUUAGUAGGUUUAAUGACCAUAAGGCGUCCAGAUAUGUUGUGUACUGUCGGCCCAGCAUAAUCCUGUAGGCACACUUCUGAACACGUUCAAGUACAGAGUAAAGUGGAGCAUUAUAGAGUACAGUAGAAUCCGCAUCAAGUACUCAUCAAUGAUGCAAAAAUAUGUUUUAAAAAUAUUUUUUCAAACUUAUUCUUAAAUAUUUUUUCCCAAAACUUUUUUUAAACCCUUCAAAACUUUAUGGAUAAUAUUUUAAAAACCUUGCGAAACGUAUUAUUCGAAGAAAAAAAAUUGAAGAUAUUUUUCAGAUUAAAAUUCAAAAGUGGUCAGAAAAAUAAAUGGUGAAGUAAAGUAGGCUACAGAUGCCCGAAAAAUCUUCCCACACAGAAAAUGUACUUCCCGUCUCUGAAAAUACAUCACCUGAAAAUACAUCACAUACACCUAUAGCCGUCUACUUUGAUUGCAAUAGCCCUUUACUGUGCGGUUGACAUCCGGUCACGUGUUUGGUGACAAGCAUGGCCAUCAAACUGAAUCCACUUCCGUAUUAUUGUGAAGAGAGAACGCCCCGUUUGGAGUCCAGGAAUGAAUCUGCUCAGGAUCCUAGUCAAUGCUGACAGGAGGAGGCAGGACAGCCUUGCUCUCGCCUAAACCCCCCCCUCCUCCUCCUCCUCCUCUCUCUCUGUCUGUCUGUCUGUCUCCCCCACCAUACCUCCCCUUCCUCCCCCUCUCCUGUUCCCCUGCACCAUGCUGUGCUGGGGCAGCAGCGCUGAAGGCCAGCUGGGCGUGGGGGUGGGUGAGGUGCUGGAGCCCCGGAGCACCCCGGCGCUGAGGGCGGCGCUGAGCGGACGCAGCCCCAGCGAGGUGGCGUGCGGUGGGCAGCACUCCCUCUUCCUGCUGGCUGACGGGAGCGUGUACUCCUGUGGGUCCAACAGCAGCGGGCAGCUGGGCCAUGACAAGGCCGGGGACUCCCCAGAGCUGGUCAGGUCUCUGGAAGGCCAGAAGGUGGUCCGGGUGGCAUGUGGGCGGGCCCAUUCGGUGGCGCUGAGCGAGCAGGGCCAGAUGUUCGUGUGGGGGGCAGGAGAGGGGGGCCAGCUGGGCCUGGGGCCCCCUGAGGAGGCUGUCAGUGUGCCCAGACUGCUCAAGAAGCUUAGUGAGCACCACAUCUCUCAGGUUAUCUGUGGAAACCAGCACUGCAUAGCCCUGUCCACAGACUGCCAGCUGUUCACCUGGGGGGAGAACAGUCGGGGUCAGCUGGGUCUUGGCAGGGGGGCUCCCAGCUCUCUGACCCCCCAGCCUCUCACCUCCCUGUGUGGGAUCCCUCUGGCCCAGAUCAGCGCUGGGGGGCAGCACAGCCUGGCUCUGUCCCUGUCUGGGGCUGUGUUCGGCUGGGGCAGCAACCAGGCCGGUCAGCUGGGCCUCAACGACCAGCAGGACCGUGCCGUACCCUGUCACGUCAAGUUCCUCCGCUCUCAGAAGGUCGUCUACAUCAGCUGUGGAGAGGACCACACAGCGGCUCUCACCAAGGAUGGAGGGAUCUUUACGUUUGGGGAUGGCUCGAGUGGUCAGCUGGGCCAUGACUCCACCCACAGUGAGCCCCUCCCCCGGCGGGUCCUGGAGCUGAUGGGGAGCGAGGUCUCUCAGAUCUCCUGUGGCAGACAUCACACCCUGGCGUUUGUUCCAUCCUCUGGGGUCGUUUACGCGUUUGGCUGCAACUCUCAGGGCCAGCUGGGCACAGGCACCAGGGACACCGCCAGGAGCCCACUUCCUGUCAAAAACACCAAGGCCCUCCAGACAGGAGGACCUCACGUGUCAGAUCUCCGGCCAUUUGCAGUCUCCAGGAUCCACAGUGGAGGAGACCACAACUUCUUACUCUUCUCUGAUGAGGAGCAGAGUUCCUUCCCUCCAGAAGACUUCAGGGUGUUUAACAGCAGUAAAAGUAUCUCCCUGAUAAAUGACGAGAACUUGAAUUUGUGGAGGAUGAAACUGAUCGACAACACAGAUUCUAGCACCACCAACGACAUCAUCCAUCACCUGUCCUCAACCGCCUGUUGGAAUGCCAGCUUCCUGGACCAGAGUGACGACAGACAUUUUAAGACCAAUCCAAAGACUCCUGGCAUCGACCUGACAUCAGUCAGACUGCUGUUCCACACGCUCAGCCAGCCAGCUUCCUGCAGGCUCCUAGAGCAGGCCACCAGGAGUUUUGAGAGCGUGCUGAUCCCCCAGCUGCCCUGCUCUCCUCCGGAUGUGGAGGCUAUGAGGAUCUACCUGAUCCUGUGUGAGUGCCCCGCCCUGCAGGAGCCCCAACACUACCUCUCCCUCACCGUGCCCCUGGCCUCCGCCAUUCUGCGCCUGGACCCCAACCCCAGCAAGGUCCUGGAUAACUGGUGGUGUGUGCUGGAGGCUGCGGUGUUCUCCAGGCUGGUAGACAUGUAUAAGAGCACCGUGGUGUUCCUGCUGACAGGCCGUACCAGCCUGGUCCCCCUCUACCUGGAGAACCACAUCAGAGCCACUCUCAGGCUGCUGGAGAAGCUGCACAAGGUGAACCUGAAAGCCAGGCAUGUGGAGCACAGCAGCUUCUACAUCCCUCACAUCAGCAGCCUGGUGGACAUCCAGGAGGACUACCUCCAGUGGUUCCUGAGCAAAGCUGAGAUUAAAAUGAGAGUACCUCCUGUUCAGAGCUCGGUAAUGCUGUGUGCCUACCCCUUCAUCCUCAACGCCCAGGCCAAGACCACUAUGCUGCAGACAGACGCAGAGCUGCAGAUGCAGAUGGCGGUAAGUGGGGCUAACCUGCACAACGUGUUCAUGCUGCUGACGCUGGAGCCGCUGCUGGGCAGGAUCCCCUUCCUGGUGCUGCACGUCCGCAGGGAGCACCUGGUGAGCGACGCGCUGCGGGAGCUGUCCGUCUACGCAGACCUCGACCUCAAGAAGCCCCUCAAGGUGAUAUUUGACGGGGAGGAGGCUGUAGAUGCGGGCGGAGUCACUAAGGAGUUCUUCUUACUGCUGCUGAAAGAGCUGCUGGACCCGCUGUACGGCAUGUUCACCCACAACGCAGAGUCCAACCUGCUGUGGUUCUCUGACAAGUGUUUCGUGGAGCACAACUGGUUCCACCUGGUUGGGAUCCUGUGUGGUCUGGCCAUCUACAACUCCACGGUGGUGGACCUCCACUUCCCCCUGGUCCUGUACAAGCUGCUGCUGGGUGGCGGGCCCUCGCUGGAUGACCUGAAGGAGCUCUCACCCACCGAGGGCAGGAGUUUACAGCAGCUUCUGGACCACGAGGGACAUGACAUUGAGGAAACAUUUUGUCUGAACUUCGCUAUCACCAGGGAGUACUACGGGGUGACAGAGGUGGUGGAGCUGGUACCAGGAGGAGAGAAUAUCACUGUGGACAACAACAACAGGGAGGAGUUUGUGCAGGCCUACCUGCAGUACGUGUUCUGCUCUGCUGUGGGGGAGCUGUACGCUGCCUUCUCCUCAGGCUUCCUGAAGGUGUGUGGAGGGAAGGUGCUGUCACUGUUCCAGCCCUCAGAGCUCAUGGCCAUGGUGGUAGGCAACAAUGACUACAACUGGGAGGAGAUGGAGAAGAAUGCGGUGUAUAAGGGGGAGUACUGUGCCUCUCACCCCACCGUCAGGAUGUUCUGGGAGGUCUUCCAUGACUUCCCCCUGGAAAAGAAGAAGCAGUUCCUGUUGUUCCUAACAGGAAGUGACCGUAUCCCCAUCCACGGGAUGGAGAGCCUUCGUAUCAUCAUCCAGUCCACCUCGGCAGAGGAGCAGUACCUGCCUGUGGCCCACACCUGCUACAACCUGCUGGACAUGCCGCGCUACCAGACCAAAGACACCCUGCGGCGACGCCUCACCCGCGCCGUGGAGCAGUACGAGGGCUUCAGCCUGGUCUGACGGGGACAGUGCCCCCGCAGGGUGGGAGGACGUAUUAACAUUCUAUGUUGUUUGGGAGGGGAGGGAGGGGGGGAGGGAGGGGAGGGUCCAAAGCUAAGGCACUUUAUUAAAGAUAGAGGGAAUUAUUUUUAUUUUUGUUCUCAUAAGAUUAUGUAAAAUCUGACAUGUGGGAGAUUAGCAAAAUGAAAAUUCAUCCAGUGAGCACAUAUACAUAACGUUGACCAUUACAUACCGGCAGAUCAUUAUUUUAAUAUAAUUCGCUUUAACCUUGCAAUUUCUUUGUUGUAAAGGAGAUAGGGAAGACAGGGGUUUUAAAGUAUUUUUUGAACGCAUACAGAUUUUGUAUUGGAUUCAUUAAGAGUUUGAAUCUACUUUACAAACUUUAUGUAAAUACUUUGAAAAGUUUUCAAUUCAACCUUUUUGUUGUUAUUGCUUAAAGAUAAUUUAUUGAAUAUUAUUAUUUUUGUGGCAGGUAUGUUUUUAGGGGCAGAUAAUUCUUCUAGUGGAAUGUAGAUAAAUUCCUGUCAAUUCCUGACAUUAUACCCUUACAUUAAACUACAACCCGGAACUUGGCCCCUGACCCCUGACCCGACUGGGCCAGUCUCCUGCUGUGCCAGUGGAGGUCAGUUUAAAUACAGCGAGAGUAGCGAGCCUUCUAAUCAAGGACCAGAUAAAUAAACACUGUUCUAAUGUUUAAUCCCCAAACCCACAUGCACAUCGAGAGAUGGAUAGAACAUCCGAAGCAAACACGACUGAAACUACAUUUAAAAACAACAUUUAAUUUUGUAAAAACGAAAUUAAAAAUAAUAGUUUUGCAUGUCGCCUUUGUGUGCGCACCUAUGUAGGUCUCGCAAACGCUUGGUCAUCCAUUAAAUCUAAACAAACAACAACAAAAAAUACUAAUCCCAAUUACUCUGAUCCCACGGAUCCGGAUUGGCAGAUUGGUAUCAAAUCAUGUCCGUCUGUACCACGUGGGUAUUAGUGGGUAAUGGGUAGGUAGGCCUAAUGACUAGUUUUCUAGCUAGCGGAUGACUCAGCCGAAUAACCAAUCUGUUUCUGCGGAUACUGUCCCUACCGAACGUUGACUCAUAUUUGUUCAGAGAGAUGGGUUUGAUUUUCUUGGUUUAAUUGGCUAUAACGAGCAGAUCCGCACAGGACAUCUAAUUAGCAAUAAGGAAUUAAGCCACUGCAGCGCCAGAUAGUGUUGUCAUGACGACAUGUCCUGUCCUAAAGGUCAUCAGAAUGUUGGAAGUUUUCUGCCCACGCGCCAUUGUCAAGCUGCCGUGUUUAUUUUCAUUCCUGUUCAUUCAGUGUAUUAAAUUAAUCCUGAUGUUUUUAACAAGUGAUUAAGAGGGUUUGUUAGGUUGUAAUCGUUUUUAUUUGAUUAACUCAGGCUGGCCCGUAAACAUCAACAUAGAAUGAUGUUAUCCAAUGUCGCGCGGUGUGAAACUGUAAAGAUGCAUGUGUUUGCGAAGUUCUUUUUAGUCUAUGACCUCGACCGUUCUGAUUUGAGUUUGAGUUUAGUGGCUGGACAGUGUGCAACUCUGCCUGCCGCUCUACCAGUUUGACAUCAUGAGGAGAUUGUUUCAUCUUCCUUCUUACCGUGUUGUUCUGCAGCUGGAUAUGUGGGAAGAGAUCAAUAAUCAUAAUUCCAACCAAUCUUGUUUUUUGGUCAAUGUAUGCAAACUCAAGGGCUUAUUAGUGGCUGUAACUGGCUUGUUUUGAGUAUAAAUUUACUUUUGUACCUUUUUAAAUGGAUGACAUUAUUUGUCCUUAUAUUUUUUUCCUGAGCAAAUAAAAUUCAAUUUCACCUCA